UCUCUCCGCUCUACCUAUCUGCCUGCUGCUGCCGUUCGCUCAGGCAUGGUGCUGGUCGCUUGGAGCGCUUUCCUGGCUCUUUCCUGGCUGCCCUUUGCAGGUGGAUUUCCCGAAAAUGUCAGCUCAAGAGGUCGCAGGCAGCCACUAACCAUGAAUCAACCUGGGGUCUGUCGCUAUGGCUUUAAGCUUGACUGCUGCUAUGGCUGGAAAAGGAAUAACAAAGGGCACUGUGAAGCUGCCUGUGAACAUGGGUGCAAGUAUGGGGAAUGUGUGGUGCCAAAUAAAUGUAAAUGUUUUCCUGGAUUUACAGAGAAAACCUGCAGUCAAGAUAUCAAUGAAUGUGGAUUGAAACCACAUCCUUGCGAACACAGAUGUAUGAACACACAUGGCAGCUACAAGUGCUAUUGUCUCAAUGGGUACAUGCUCAUGCCUGAUGGCACCUGUGCAAAUUCCAGGACAUGUGCUAUGGCGAAUUGUCAAUAUGGCUGUGAAGAAGUGAAAGAUGAUGUGCGAUGCUUGUGUCCAUCAAGCGGACUACAGUUAGCACCAAAUGGAAAAACAUGCAUAGAUAUUAAUGAGUGCUCCAGUGGCAAAGCUAUUUGCUCUUUCAACCGCAGAUGUGUCAACACAUUUGGAAGCUACUAUUGCAAGUGCCAGAUGGGAUAUGAACUGAAAUAUGUGAGUGGCCGAUAUGACUGUAUAGAUAUAAAUGAAUGUACAGCAAAUACACCCAAGUGCAACUUCCAUGCAGAGUGUCUCAAUACUCAGGGAUCCUUCAAGUGCAAAUGUAAACCAGGAUACAGAGGCAAUGGAUUUGAAUGCUCUGUUAUUCAUGAAAAUUAUGUGAAAGAGAUUCCCAGAAUCUCUGGAGUGGCCAAAGAGAAACUCAAGAAAUUGCUUGUGCACAAAAACAGCAUGAAAAAACAUGAAGAUAUAAAAAAUGCAAUUCCAGAACCUCCUGUGACCCCAGCUUCUAAACAUAUAAGGCCAUUAGACUAUGAAGAUGGUGUAUAUAGAGAAGGUGCCUAUGGUGAACAGGUGAAAAGCACUGAAGAUGUCAGAACUGAAGGGAAAAUAGAAGAGAAAGGGGAACCUGAAGAAGAAACAGAAAGGGAAGACCUUGAAAACCAGACCAGCCAUGAGAAGAAACUACGAGGAGAUGUAUUUUCUAAAGAAGCUGCUGCGUUUGGGCCUCUUCCAGCACAAAGGAAAAUUCCAGUCCAAAAAGCAGAGCUGGAAGUGGACUGCAGCUUCGGACGAGGAUCUUGUGCCUGGCAGCAAGAUAUAAAUGAUGACUUUGAUUGGAAUCCUGCAGAUCAUGAUAAUGGUGAUGGAUAUUACAUGACAGUUCCAGGCUUCAUGGGGCACAAGAAGGAUAUUGGUCGUCUGAAACUUCUUCUUGCAGAUCUUGAGCCAAAAAGCACGUAUUGCUUGAUUUUUAGUUACCGACUUGCAGGAGAAAGCAUAGGGAAAUUACACGUAAUUCUAGGCAACAGCAGUAGUAGUCCUUCUUGGUCUCACAGCAUGGGAGAUGAUGAACGGUGGAGGACUGGACAAAUUGAAGUUCACACAGAGGGUGAAACAACUAUGAAUAUCGCUUUUGAGGCAGAACGUGGGAAAGGUAAAACUGGAGAAAUUGGAGUGGACAAUGUAAUACUAUUUUCUGGUCUGUGCCCUGAAGACCACUUGACAUUGGAUAUCUGAGCUUAUUUUUUAAAUUGCUAUUAUUUGUUGUACUAAUCCAGAAUUUUGCAUCAUUGUGACCUAGAUAAAUGCAGCUUUGGAAAUCACAUAUUGAACUUCAGUGCAGAGCAGACAGAAAAACUGGCAGGUCUAAAAUAUCUCCAGUUAGAUACUACAUUUGUAUAUAUAAUAUACUAAACUUUUUACGUGUAGCUCUACUGUAUUAUAUCAUUUGUGGUCAGGGUCUUAUAUAAUGUGAAAAUAUCUGUCUAACUCUUCUGCAAAAAAUGUGUUUUAAUUUACAUACCAUUUCUUUCAAAGAAAAUUCCUACUGUUGUUGAAUAUUCCCCAAGUUCCCCUACAGGAGCAUGAAGCAGUAUCUUUAAAAGGACGUAUAAUCUCUGGUAAUGCGUUGGGCUCCUACAGUUGGCAUAGCACUGUAGAUACACGUUUGUGUGCCUGGCGAUUGCUGCAGUACGUAUGUAACAUGUUAAGAAGAGACACUCAUGGUAGAGGCAUGCCAGGGAGUUACAGACAGUCACCUGAUGAGUAUCUCUCCUUCACACUGUAUGUGCUCAUUGAUACAAACCCCAGUAUACCUGUGGUGUCACAUAAAUGGUAAAAUUGCUCUCAGAAGCCAAUGAUCUUGGUCUGGAUUCUGGAACCACUUUUCUGCCUAAAACGUUGAUCUUGCAACUGUUCAAAAUGUGAUUCCCCCUCCCUAAAAUAUGUUAAGCAAUGAGCUUCUCUACUUUCCUUGUAAAU